CCAACACAGCCACUCAUCUGCGGUACUGUGCCACGUGGUUUACUCUGCGGGCCUUUGGUGUCGUUUGACAGUAUGACAUUACAAUGGUGUUUACUUCACGGGACAGAAGGACAUAACCCUGCAGGGGAUUGACAGCCACCGCCAGUUAUUUUUCAAAACACUAGCUAACUGUGGUUAGGUUGUAGGCUCGGCUCCUCACUUGGUUACCACAACUGAGGCGGUGCUUGGCAGCUGUGUCGUAGGUGGAGAAAGCAGGAUUUUUUACUGCACAGAGAUUAGCCUAACGUUACACCCCCGGCGACUGUUGUCCUCCUCCUGGGGCAUUUUAAACCUCCGAGUAGUUAUUGUGGGCGGACAUGGCCGACACGUUAAGGAGACUGACCAAUACAUCUUCCUUCAGCGUCUUACAGGACAAGCUUGAGAGCUGGCAAAAAGACUACCAUGUUAUAUCCUGUGACCAGAACCUAAAUAAAUGUUGUGAGCUGAUUGAACUAACUGCCAAGAUCCAGGGACAACUGUUCGCCAUCCUCAACCACACAGCUGCUGAAGGUGGUCACUAUGCUGGAGUGGACACACUCAAAACGCGCCUGCUGCCGUGGCUUGGAACCUGUUUCUCAAUGGCGAGGUCCUCGGUCACUGAUGACACCAGUCUGCAGCUCAUCCAGGAUUCAGCGGAAAAGGACAGAAAGAUCAGGGAGCUCUCUGCCUCCCAUGACAGUGAGCUGCAGAUGAAGGACACUCAGCUGUGCUCCACUCUCCGGCAGUUGGACUCUAUCAGAGCAGAAUUGGUCGAUACUCAGAAUGAACUGGAUGAGACGAAGAGCAAAUCAGCAACCACUCUGCUGGCCACUGAAGAUGAAAUACUGCAACUGAAAGCAGAUUUGCGAUCCGCACAUGAGCAGGUGGAGAUUUAUAAGAGAAAGCUGGAGGCUCUUGACGAUAAUGAGCGGCAGAUUCGCCUGCUGAGAGAUGAAGUGUCCUACCUGAGCACAGAGAAGGUCAUGCUGCAGGAAAGGUUGGUGAAAAGUCGUUCUCCGAGCCCCUCGCUGAGGCACAGUCGCUCUUCCAGCCCCAUGAGGAGUGAGUCGCCCACCAGAGCUCAGCUCACCAACACUUCCCGCUACGCACGCCUCGUAUCGCACUUCAGCGACCUGUAUGCUGUGGAGCGGCUUGAGGCCCAGACCUUGCUUCGACGCCACAUUGCUGACUUAGAGAUGGUCCAGAAAAUCAUCUUCAUUGCUAUCGUGGAAUCCUUUAAGACAGCAAAACUGGCUUACCGUCAGUUCAAGCUGCGUGUGAGAAAGACGUUGUCCCCUUCCCACUUUGGGAUAGAAUGUCUGGAGGAUGCAGCUGUGGACUACAUCGUCAGAAACCUGGACCUUUAUGACAUUCAGGCCAGCGUCAAUGAUGUGAUCAAUGCCAUGAACGUGAACCCUCGGAUCUCUUUCCCGCCGGAAGUGGACUUUGUCCUCAUCAGUGCCUUGAUCAGGGAGACAUGCAGGGUGGCGUUUGCCAUGCAGACAUUGGACCCCCCGCUUGACUUGGCCUUUGCCAGCGAUGGAGAACUUUACAACGACAGCAGGUAUCGUCGCAGCUAUGACUCGGAGUUCACUGCUCCUCUGGUGAUGUACCACGUGUGGCCGGCCUUGAUGGAGGGAGAUGUUGUGGUAGUAAAGGGCGAGGCUGUGACUCGAAGGGGUGCUACGUGGAGUCGAAGCAGGAGUACCAGCCCUGUGCGCUCUCGCUCUCUCAGCCCAACUCGCAAUCUUCAUGCACACCCAUGGCCUUAAGGGCAUUUAUCAGCAAAAGAAGCCUGUCUCCUCAACGUCUCAGAGCUAGCCACCUGUGAACUCUG